AUGACCGGACACGCACAAAAGAAACCGGGGAGGAUGAAGCGUCUCCUUCAACGUCUUAUCACCCCCGUCCACCGCAAAUUGAGCUCGUUCCUUGAGACACCGACGCCCAAUGUGGAAGUGCUUCCGGAAUCACUAUGGCUUGCCAACAACAGUAUUCCCGAGCAACAACAUGCCACCUUCUACGAUCAUCCAAUGGCUCACAGCUACGAAGAUGCCUACAACGAAAACUCACGCAUGCUAGUACAAAAAAGCACAUCUUCUGCUGGGCAGUUGCAUCCGCCAUUCUCAGGCGCUGUCCGCCCUAAAAACCCUCGGCCAGAGCAAGGAGCUGCCUUUGGCAUCCUCGACAGAAGACCCAGGCGACAACCUGUGCAACCUUCUGAAGCGCUACCUCUACACGAGAAUUUGAAGUUGGCCUUCUGCCGCUCCGAUUCGAGAGGCGGCAUAACCAUACGCAGCUUGCUGAGCUUGGGAAGUCUUCGCGAACCUGACACGUUACGAAAUUCGAAUAGCAUCGUUGUUUCUGCCCGCCUCGAUGCUGGAGCCUUCGGCGACUGA